CGUUCGUUGCCCAUGUCCGCGGUGCGGCGGUAUUAUUCCACAACUGGUUAAUCCUCCAGGUGAAGAAGAAGUUUCAAAUUCUCCUCGCGCCUCACGUACCGAUCGUUGGAACAUUCCUGUGCGCCGCUUUCGAGGAGAAGGCAGAACAUCCCCAACCGAGCAACGAGUCACCUCCACUACCCAGUCAUUCGCUGCCGCGUUUGAGCUUCAAAUUCCUGUUCGGUCCUUAUCUAUUACCAGUCACACAGCAAGGAAUCUACAAGGAUGGGCGAAGAGUCCGCAAUGUCUUCAAUGUCUGGCAUGUCUGGAAUGGAGUCCAGUCAGUCCCAAGGAUCGACUGGAGAUGCUCCGGCAGGAGGAGGUGACGUCGACAAUGACGAUGACAGCGUCAGCCCUGGAGGUGGAGGCUCAUCAUCGUCAUCAUCAUCAUCUUCACCAGGGGGCGGGUCUUCUGACUCGAAUCCAUUUCCCGGUCCAGAACCACCGGCGCCAACGCCAGAGCCACCACCGAAGGAGCCGCCGAAGAACUUUGUGAUGUGCACUGUUGGCGUACGCUUCAGGGACCCAGGGAAGUACAAGGACGUCCCGUGCGAUUACAUUAUAUUCGACAACAUGGUUGUGAUUCCAUCAGGGAUAAUUCCCUCUCAAGAUUUCAUUGCAUGGCAACACUUCCUCGAGUUUAUUGCUGCGGGAUCAAAGCAGCCCAUGCCUGGUAUCUCACUUAUGGGGGCCCACUUAGAUGAUCCAAAAUACGAUGUCCCAGAAGAAAAGACCUUGACGAGCAUGGCUGACAAAGGAAUCGUCGCCUACGGCAUCAGCUCACUAUCUAUGCCAAAGGCAAGCACGGACCUGCCCAAACUAACCAGCAAAGUAACAAGCUUUUUCAGUGCCCUGACUGCCGCGAACUCUACUAUAGCAAAGAAAGGAGGGUACAUGACCAUGUUCUGCCUUGUGGAAUUUCAAAAAGAUAGCAAGGCUAGUUUUGAAGACUUCCUGAAACAAUUCACCGGGAACCUGCUCGUGGUGAAGACUCACAACAUGGAUCCGCCCGCCAUUUUCCCGGACAAGUGCAUCUUCUAUCAUGCAUCAAUGUGGAAUGACCCUAAGGGUUUUGAUUUCGCGACUGUCGAGGACUCCUUGAAGAGUGUGAAAAGCCUCCCAUUCGCUAUCGGGGUGACUUUCAGCAUGGCUGUCCAGCUAGCUGCUUUCAACAAAACAGGAGCACCUACGGACGCAAGUGCUAUAUCUGCGUGCGUCUACAGGUCAGUGACCAGCUACGACGAUUGGUGCCCGUUAAGAAGUUCUGAAAAGUAUGACGCAACGACGAUGGCGGUGGUAAACGUUGUCGAUAUAGUUGUGGUCACCUACAACACCGAACCGUCUGCGAAGGCCUUGAUAGCGAAGUUCAAGCAAACUGUCAAGUUGACGAUCGGCGUGCUCCUCACUGAUAUCCAGUUUGAUAUCAUAGAGACUUCAAAGUGUACAGAGAAGUCUCUGUCCAGGGUAAAGAGUAUCGGCGACCUGAUACGCGGCCAGGGGGCAAAACCCAGUCCGUAGUCAGCCGAGAGGAAGUGCCACGAGUAAUAAACAUAUCUGAAAGUCG